AAAACAAAAACGUGAUUUUUUUAAGUAAAAUUAAAUUAAAUUAAAUUCUCAAGUAAUACGCAAUUAAUCAUUGAUUAAAGUAGAUAGACUACAUCAUAAACCAUGGAAGAAUCAGUGAAGCUAAAAGAAAUAUUUGAAGCUGAAAAGCAGUAUGGAGCAUUCUAUACAGGCGGAACAGUACUAUGGACGAUGGAUGGAACGAGAUUUUUGUGUCGAGAUGAGCAUAAAAUUAAUGUCAUUUCAAUGAGAUCAAUGGAAGUAGAACGAGUUAUUGGACACUCGGAAGAAGAAGGAAGUGAAGACAUAAUUUAUACCUUUAUUCUUACAUCCAAUGAUGAUUUCCUGAUAUCAGCACAUAGAAGUGGAUUGCUUAAGCUCUGGGAUUUCAUGUCUGGUGAAUUAAAGAAAACUUGGAAGAAUUUGCAUCGAGGACCGAUUUCUUGCCUUCAAUACUGCUCGAACUUGGAUCUUUUGGCAUCAGGCGGUGCUGACUCACUUAUUAGGAUAUGGGAUUUUAGUAAUCAAGUCUGUAAAGGCACAGUUAAAGGAAUUCAAGGUGUUGUUAGUGCUUUAGCUUUUCAUCCAACAGAAAAUGUCUUAAUUGGUGCAGGUGAUGACACUAAGAUCUAUGCUUGGAAUCUAGAUUCACGAGAAAUUGUUAAAACCUUUUCUGGACACAUUUCUAGAGUCACUUCCAUAUCUUUUUCAUUUGAUUCCAAAAGCUUCAUCUCAUCAAGUCGCGAUAAAGUCAUGAUUCUGUGGGAUUUUGAGCAUGAAAAGCAAAUUCGAACGAUUCCAGUCUAUGAAAGUAUUGAAUGUGCUAUUGUUCUUCCUUACAACAUCACAUUGCCUAAUAAUAUUGAACUGAAUGAUGAAUCUAAAGUUUAUGUUGCUUCUGCUGGCGAGGAAGGCAUCAUAAAAAUAUGGCAGGCUAAUGAAGCUAAAAUUUUGUAUAAACAGGCAUCGGGUGUUAUUUCUAGAGCAUCUGAAGAAGGUGGAUUAGCAAUCACACAAAUGCUUUUCAAUCAACAAUUACAGCAAAUUACACUUAUCAGCUACGAUCAUAAUAUUAUUGUCCAUGAUAUGUCGACUUUUGAGUGUGCUAAGCAGCUUAUUGGAUUUACUGACGAAAUUUUAGACAUAGUUUUGAUGGACAGUAAGGGUCAAUAUUUGGCGAUGGCAACGAACAGCAAUGACAUCAAAGUUUAUGAUACAUAUACAAUGAAUUCAAAGAUUCUUAAAGGACACUCGGACAUCGUAUUAUCACUAUCAAAAUACAAAAACUAUCUCCUUUCAUCUUCAAAAGAUCAUUCAAUAAGAUUAUGGAAAGCUGAUUUUGAAAACUUUACUUUCGAAUGCAUAGGAAUUGGAUCAAAACACACAAAUUCCGUGGGAAGUGUCGAUAUGAGUAAAACAGCAGCAAGUUUCUUCGUAUCAGUAAGUCAGGAUCAGUGUUUAAAGCUAUGGAAAUUCCCAAAGAUGAUUGAAAUGAUAGACGACGAAAUUCCGCAAUUAUUGUGCAUCAAUACACAACUCGCCCAUGAAAAAGACAUAAAUUGUGUCACAAUAUCACCAAAUGAUCGUUAUAUAGCCACAGCGUCUCAAGACAAGACAGUGAAAAUGUGGGAUGCAAAUGAUCUCAAAUUAAUUGGUGUUUUUCGAGGGCAUCGUCGUGGUGUAUGGACAGUACGAUUCUCACCUGUAGAUCAAGUCAUUGUAACUAGUGCAGCCGAUUGUACAAUGAGACUUUGGAAUAUCACCGAUAUGACAUGUUUGAAGAGUUUUGAAGGUCAUGAAAGCUCCGUUCUUAGAUGUGAAUUUAUAUCUAAUGGAAUGCAAUUAUUAUCAUCUGGUGCUGAUGGUUUAAUUAAGUUAUGGACAAUAAAAAGCUCUGAAUGCAUUCAAACGAUUGAAAAACAUGAAAGUAAAGUUUGGACAUUGGCAAUAACUGACGAUGAAAAGUUAAUGUUUAGUGGCGGUGCUGAUUCAACACUAAUUAAAUGGCGAGACAUGACAGAUAUAAAGAAGAAAGAUGAGCUUAAAAAGAAACAAGAAGAAGUCCUUCACGAGCAAGAAUUAAAUAAUUAUUUACAUCAAAAACAAAUGUUGAAGGCAUUGAGACUAGCUUUAAGAUUAAAUCGUCCCAAUAUGACACUUAAAAUCAUCAAUACAAUAAUUAGGAAUCAAGAGGAAGGACUUGAUGCAACAAUUGAGAGUUUGUCGGAAUUUCAUAAGCAGCAGCUGCUUCAACAUGCUGUAAAUUGGAAUACAAAUAGUAGAAAUUGUAAACCAGCACAGCUCGUCUUUAACAUCAUGCUACAAGAGAUUUUAAGUGGAAAGUAUAAAGUAGAAGGCUUGGGUAAAAUAAUUGAAGAUGCUCUGCCAUACAGCGAUAGACAUUUUAAGCGAAUGACCGAGUAUUUAAAGGACCUUAAAUUUGUAGAAUAUACAAUGCGCUGCAUGCAACCCUAUGGCGGUGAUGUUGCCAUGAAAUAAAGAAUAGCAAUUGUUACGAUGCGAUAUUUACUGCAUGCGACACAAAUGAUGUAAACAGAAAUAAAGAAAAUUAAUAUUCAGGAA